AUGGCACGGUCUGCCAUCGUGCAAGAGUACGACACUCCGCCCACCACCCGCUCCGUCACCUUCAGUCUCGACCAGAAAACCAACCACGAGCGACUGCACAACGGCAUCACGCGCCCGCAGGGCUACACGGUGUCAUGGCACGCCAACCCAGCCGUUGAAGCCCACCACUUCGGACAGUCACACCCGAUGAAGCCAUGGCGCCUCGUGCUGACCAAAGAACUUGUGCUCGCCUACGGAAUGCACCAUGCCAUGGACCUCUACCUGUCGCGGGCGGCGACAUUUGAAGAAAUGGCCGAUUUCCACACGGAAGAUUACCUCGAUUUCCUGCGCCAGGUGAUCCCCGCCGAUAUGGAGGCUGCCGAGCAAUCGGAGCGCAUGGCGAAAUACAACUUUGGAGAUGACUGCCCCAUCUUCGAUGGCCUGUACAACUACUGCUCGCUAUACUCGGGCGGCACGGUCGAUGCGGCGCGCAAACUCGUCAAUAACCAGGCCGAUAUUGCCAUCAACUGGUCUGGCGGACUGCACCACGCGAAAAAGACUGAAGCCAGCGGGUUCUGCUAUGUGAAUGACGUUGUCUUGGGCAUUUUGCAGCUUCUGCGAUUCCAUCCUCGCGUCAUGUAUAUCGAUAUCGACGUGCACCAUGGCGAUGGCGUGGAGCAAGCAUUUUGGUCGACCGAUCGCGUGUUGACGGUUUCCUUCCACAAGUUCGACCGAGACAACUUCUUUCCUGGCACGGGCUCGCUCGAUAGCACGGGUCCUUCCCACCCAUCAAACCCGGGCGCACACCAUGCGCUCAACGUGCCUCUCAACGACGGCAUUGAGGACGGCGACUACCUCCAACUCUUCAAGGAUAUCAUUGGUUCGUGCGUCGAAACCUACCAACCGGGCGCAAUCGUGCUGCAGUGCGGCGCCGACAGUCUCGGUUGCGAUCGCCUCGGCUGCUUCAGCCUCAAUGUCACGGGCCACGGCUCCUGCGUCGCAUACGUGAAAACGCUCGGUCUCCCGCUUCUCGUCGUCGGCGGCGGCGGCUACACCCCUCGCAAUGUCUCCCGCGCCUGGGCCCACGAAACAUCCAUCCUAAUCGACGCGGCCGACAAAAUCGACCCAAACAUCCCUGAAACAGUAACAUUCCGCAACCACUUCGGUCCCGACUACAGCCUUUUCCCGCCCCUGUCCGAAAUGCGGAAAAUCGAAAAUAAGAAUUCGAAACAGUACCUGGCUACCCUGGUGUCGACUAUUCGUGAACAGUUACGGUAUAUGCAGGGUGCGCCCAGCGUGCAGAUGAGUUUUAUUCCGCCGGACAUUUUGGGCUUUAGAGAGGAUGUGGAAAAGGAAAUUGAGGAAGAGAAGGAUUUGAUGGAUGAGGAGAGGGAGGAGCGCGAGCAUAGUUUGUUAUCGUCUGGUGGUGGUGGUAGUAGGCGGAGGGAUCUUGAGAGGGGUCUCGGGACGAGGGGAGAGUUGUCUACUUGA